ACACAUCAACUCAUCAUCGUCUUGUACAUACAUGCACGUGCAUCAGAUGAGUCGACUAUAGGAAUAGGGAGGUAUACUAGCUUUUCAUUCAUGACAAAACGUAAAAAUUGGUAAUAAAAAACGAUAUUUAGUAAAUUUUGUGAUGUUUUUCACCUGUUAGACAAUCGGAACUGAUGCGAGCAUGUUGAAAUGGUGAACCGUUGUUGUGAAGGUAUUUCUAUAUUAGCAGACGACACACCCGGUGUAUGAUAUAAGCUCACGAGCAGGCCACGUGGUUGGGUUUAAAAGAGUAAACAUUCAAGUAAUAUGUAAUGGCUGUGAUGAAAGAAAUCAACUACUAGAAGACAAUUAAAUCUUCAGCUUCAACUAUAUUAUUACACGUCUGAUGUCACUGACCUGUCCUCUGUAUAUUACUGGGGGUGAGGAGACCGUCAUCCUUCCCCCCUAUAUCUAUCUCGGACCCCAGGGUGAAAUCUAUCACUGCUGUACGGAAGAGGAAUUUACAACACCUCAGAUAGGGGAGAUAACUCUAUCAACCUCCCAUGAUUCGGGAUACGGGGAACCGAAUUUAGAGUGUUUUGAAAGUGUCGUUGAAUGGAGAGCCCAGAAACUAGCUGUAUACAGUCCAUAUGGCCACAGCAGCGCCGAGAAUAUCGCCGAUGGACAGAAUACAGGAUUCGAAGAAUAUAUUGAUAAUAUUUAUAAACACAGACUGAGCGCGGAGAGACGUUUUCAUCCACAUCGAUGUCUCGCCAUGCAAUCAGAGGUGACCCCAGGUAUGAGAGGUUUACUAGUAAAUUGGAUUAGUAAAAUACAUCAUCAACUGGCUUUAAAUCAAGAUACGUUAUUUCUAACAGUCAAUAUAAUAGAUCGGAUACUCGCCUGUAAACGAUUGUCAGCUGAUGGAUUACAAUUACUGGGAUUAACUUGUUUACUGGUCGCAUCUAAACAGGAAGAAGUUACACCGCCAGAAAUCCAGGAAUUAUUUGAGGUAUCUACAGUGAAUUAUAGUCGUGAAGAAUUGAAGACCCUGGAGAGACAUGUAUUAAUGGCUAUAGGUUUCGAUCUAUUUAUUCCGACAUCUCAAUAUUUUCUAGAACAUUUUGCCACCCUCUGUUUAUCACAGGCCUAUGGAUUUGAAAACGACAAAUUAAGGGAGGCAAGAGCAUUUAGUCGGUGUAUUUUAGAACUUUCCCUGCAGGAUUAUGACCUGUGUCAGUUCAGACCUUCACUUGUAGCUCUCUGUAUGUGGAAGGUCGCCAUAGAACAUAUUGGUGUACUGGACGGAGAUUUCUUUCCUGACGGUAUAUAUUGUACUCGUGGCCAAUAUGACAAAUGUCUUGAAGAAUGCCGAGUUUUUUCUAAGAAUUUAAAAACCAGUUUCCCAGAUAUCUCCAGUCUGAGCGAUCGUUUCCGUUUCAUCAACGGGUUCGAUUAGAUCGAGGUGAUGUGAAGGGAGACAACUCGAAUAGUGCUAUUACAUUUAUUUCCAUAAACCCUACGAGUAAAUGAAAUAUUUAUUUAUUUAUUGUUUCGCAUAAUAUAGAUAUAUAGAAUUUUGAAAAAAACAAAAAACAGAAAAUCAAAAAACAAAGGGAAACUGAAAAAUAGACGUGUGUUAUAUCAAUGAUUUCAGGGGGUAACAAUGUAUAUAUAUAAUAAAAAUAUUUGUCCAUUUUCUGUGGAAUCUCUGAUCGUAAAUUUAUUUCUGAAAAAUAAUCAUACAAUAAGUAAAGAUUUAAAUUUAUCCGUUAUACCUUUGUAUUUUCGCGAGACAUGUAAUAGUUUUCGUAUAAUUUAGAUAUAAAUGAAUUAUUUGUCAUAAAAAAAUUUUGCCUUAAAGGGCGUUGUUCUUCGCUGCUAUUUACUGGAUAAUUAUUAGCCCUAUAUUCUUGGGUAAUUAUAACCUGUAAUCCCGGAUAGUUAUAACUUAUAUUCCCCGGUAAUUAUUAGCCCUAUAUUCCCCGGUAAUUAUAACCGAUACCCGGGUAAUUAUAACCUAUAUUCACCGGUAAUUAUAACCUAUAUUCACCGCCAAUUAUAACCUAUAUUCCCCGGUAAUGAUAACUUAAAUUCCGUGGAAAUUAUAACAUCUAUUCCCUGAUAUUUAUAACAUCUAUUCCCUGAUAUAUAUAACCUAUAAUCCCGGAUAGUUAUAACCUGUAAUACCGAAUAAUUAUAGCCUGUAAUCCUGGGUAGUUAUAACCUGUAAUCCCGAUAGUUAUAACAUAUAUCCCCGGAUAAUUAUAACCCCUAUUCCCGGAUAGUUAUGACCUAUAUUCCCUGGGUAAAUAUAACCUAUAUCCCCCCAGUAUUGAUACUUUUUCAUCACAUAUUAAGGGAGAAAAAUGUGUAAACUUUGAUGGAUAAAAAAAGGAAUGAAUAAGAUAACUUAACAUAUUGAAAAUAUAUUAAUAAGUAUUUCGGUUUAAGAUAUUAUUUAUAUACUUGUAUAAUUCAGUGAAUUUAAAAAUGAUGAAUACUAAAAUUUAAAGAAAGAGAUUAGCACUAAAUAAUUUUUACUUAUAUACAUUGAAGGCUGCACCUGUUAGGUUUUAGGUUUAUUAUUAAAAGUAGGCAAGGGUUUAAAUUCUAAUGCUACAGAAAUGAUAUUUGAAUUCUCAUUAUCAGUCGAUCAAUCCAAAAACUGACCGUGAAACUUUAUAACAGAUCAUUGCGUUUAAAGAAAAACAUGAUU